AUCCGCGGCACGCGCUCAGAGUUUCCGGGGGACGGAGGACAGAGGAGGACCAGGUUGUGCACGGCGGUAUCUACUGCCGGGACCGAGACAAUGGGCACCGUGGUCUGGGCGCUGCGGCUCGGGCGGGCCACCCCGGGUGGCAGGGCUGGCUGGCGAUUUAUAGCAACAUCACCAGCCUCUGAGCUGUCAGCGACCCAACUGAUAGAAAUGCAGAAUGAUCUCUUUAAUAAAGAGAAAAACAGGCAGUUAUCACUAACUCCCCGGACCGAGAAGAUUGAAGUUAAACACGUUGGGAAAACGGACCCUGGCACUCUGUUUGUGAUGAAUAAAAACAUUUCAACACCUUAUAGUUGUGCCAUGCAUUUAAGUGAGUGGUACUGCAAGAAGUCCAUUCUGGCUCUUGUGGACGGACAGCCGUGGGACAUGUACAAGCCUUUGACCAAGUCCUGUGAAAUUAAAUUUCUUACUUUCAAAGAUCAUGAUCCAGGGGAAGUUAAUAAGGCUUAUUGGCGUUCUUGUGCCAUGAUGAUGGGCUGUGUGGUCGAGAGGGCGUUCAAAGAUGAAUAUGUGGUCAGUUUGGUCAGAGCUCCAGAAGUUCCGGUGAUCGCUGGAGCCUUCUGCUAUGAUGUAGUUUUGGAUCAGAGACUUGAUGAGUGGGUGCCAACAAAAGAGAACCUACGUUCUUUAACAAAAGAUGCUCAUGUUUUAAUUUAUAAAGAUCUUCCAUUUGAAACUCUGGAAGUUGAUGCAAAAGUGGCAUUAGAAAUAUUUCAACACAACAAGUAUAAAAUAGAUCUCAUAGAAGAGAAGGCAUCUCAGAACCCUGAGAGAAUAGUCACGCUGCACAGAUUGGGCGACUUCAUCGAUGUGACGGAGGGCCCUCUCAUUCCGAGAACGAGUGUGUGUUUCCAGUUCGCGGUGUCGGCGGCUCACGGUCUCCCGGGCCCCGGCUCCAGUCUCGUGCGAAGGUUCCAGGGCCUCUCUCUGCCUGUGCACUUAAGAGCACAUGUUACGAUAUGGAAUAAGCUAUUGGAGAGGUCUCAGAAAUUGGUAACUGAAGAUCAAAAUAAACCUACAGAGGAAAGUUCAUCUACCUAGUAACUUCCUAAAAUUUAAAUACAUUUUGUGUAUAGUAAAUUAAAAUAAAAGUUUUUUUAUGUAAUGUUUGUGUGUGCUUAUAAAGAUUAACUGUCUUCUCUCUCUGAGAUUUAUACUGAUGAUUACUCCCCCCCGCCCUUAAAGAAUACAACAACUUACAUUGUUCACAGUAAAGAUUUCACACAGAAACAAGCCUGUCCCCUCACACUCCCCAGAUGUGACACCUGUGAUAUGUUUUCUUCUUUUGGUCUUUUCUACACAUACACAUUUACAUGUGCAAAUACAAAUGUAAUCUUUUAAAACCAAAAUAGGAUCACACUAAUUUGCAUUUUUCAUUAUUUUGAAGUGGUGCAGUAAACACCCUGUGCAAAGUGGCAGGUGUUUGUUUUAUGCACAGAUAGAUUCACUGAGUGUUUACCGAGUUGACUGCUUCUUACGUACUGGCCGUUUCUCAUAGAACCUUUCCAUUUAACCCUCACAACCAACCCGUUGAGAAGGUGUCCCCGUGUGGUAAUGAGGAUGCUGGAACCGGGAGCCGGUGAUUUCACUCACGUGCUCUCUCGUUGCCCCUCUGUGCUGCCCACGUGCCAGGACGUCUGUAGGGAGGGGUUUCUGGUACCGGAGUCAUUGACAGAUGCCACCCGGUCCCAGCCCAUCAAUGACAGUCCCAACAACAGCAUCUGAGAGUUCCUGUUUCCCCAUUCCUUGGGCAGGUCUUGAUUAUCAGCCUUUUAAAAAUAUUUUGCCAAAAUUUUUUUUCCCAUUCCAGUCUGAGCGCUUUGGUUUCUGGGCUUUGUGCACAGGUUUCGUCUGAAGGUAUAUUCCCUUUGCUGCUUGUGGAUUCAUACUUGAGUCUUUUCCCCUUGACUGUAUCAAGAAACACAGAAAAUACUUGACCACCUAUUUGGAAAUUCAUCAUGUUUUUUGGCCUCUUGCCCUGCUUGAACGCCCACUGUUCAGUGACUUCCCCCACUGUAUGGAUCUUCAUUUCACUACGUAGCAGAGAGAAACUUAAUUUUCUAACUUUCUUUGGGACUAGGGCUCAGACAGGUAUCUAAGUUUCACCAGCUAGACACCCCUGUGUGACAUUUGGAAUUGACACUGUGAAAACAGAGUGGCACCUGGGAUCCACAUUGUUGGGAUCAGCUACACGUGGCUUUCAAGGUGGUCUUGGCAGAGGUUCCGAGGUUCUGUGCCUCCGUGCAGACCCUGGGGCCAGCCGUGCUCAGGAGCUUUCCCCCUGCAGCGGUUCUGUGAUGUAACAUUUGUCAGAGCUGUGUCAUCUGAUCUCUGAGCCUGGGACUUGUGAGCCAUUGGUUUUUGGCUUAAAAUUGCUAGAGCAGAUCCUGUUGUUUGCAACCGAGAAUACUGGCGUAUAGCGGGUACCCCAAUUUAACCACUUUUAACCUUUUCCCUUACUUCAGAUCCUUUUGUUUUUAAGGAAAAUGGCACCUGUCCAUUGAAAAUCUUCACAUCAUUUGCUUCCAAGAAGAAACACUAUCCUAUUACUGCAGAUGCUUGUCCAUCAUUUACCCUUUAUGAUUUAUGUUCUAUAAUAUUUUCUGUUUUAAAAUUAAACAUAAUCAGGUUCAUGAUACAUACCCUUUUGCAACUUGUUUUAAUUGCUCAGCAUUAUGUUUUCACAUUUAGCACGUUGGUACAUGUUAGUAUAUGUGCAGAGAUGGUUGACACAUGUAGAGCUCUAUAGUAUUCUGUUUACCAUAUGCUGUGUGAUAUAUCUCAUGAUUAAUUCAUUCUCAUUGAUAACCAUUGAGGAUGGUCUUGACUUUUUAGCAUUAUAAACAGCACUGCAGAAA